AUGAAGAAGUCCCUCACUAACCAGUUUUAUUUGCAGCAACAGUUAUAUACUCUAAAGAUGCAAGAAUUUAAUAAAAUUCUUACAGACUUGAGAAAUAUUGAUAUUCAAGUUGAUGAUAAGGAUCAAGCACUGAUCUUGUUGUGUUUAAUACCUGAUUUCUUUGAUAAUUUUAUUAAUUCAAUGUUAUACGGUAGAGAUAUCAUCUCCUUAGCAGAUGUUCAGUUUGCUUUGAAUUUUGUGGUGUUGAGGACAAGAUUGAAUGAUAAAGGUAGUUAUAAUCAGGAGGUUGUCUUCAUACAUUACAAGCAGCCAUUUGCAGUGGCAUAUCUUGCAACUUCUCUAUUGAUAGUUCAUCUUCCAAUAGCAUUCCUUAAGGAUUGGUUACUAGAAUUUAUGAGAUGCCAGGAUGAUGGAGAAACUGUGGAUGAUCCCUCUGCAGAACCUGAUUCUCCAGUGAAACAUGCUGCUGGGCAUACUAGUUUUGAAAUUGAACAUCAGGAACCACUGGGGAAUGCAAGCUCUUGCAUUGACAUUUACUCUGAGGACCUUGAUCCUUUAGUUUCUGCAUGCACAAAAAAUAUGGGCAUGGUAAAGAAAGACAAAAACUUUACCACAAGGGAAAUAGCUAAAUUUGGAUUCUGCAUUGCUCCUCUCUGGUUUUUUACCGAGUAUCUAACAAAUGCUGCACUCGCACGAACAACCGUUGCCAGUACAACACUGUUGUCUUCAACUUCAGGACUUUUUACUCUUCUCAUCGGAGCAUGUCUGGGUCAAGACUCUAUAAAUAUAGUUAAAGUAAUUGCUAUUGUUUUUAGUAUGGCUGGUGUUGCCAUGACAACAUUCGGGAAGACUUCAACUACAGAUGAAACACAAAAUGGGAAGCAUUCGUCUCUGGGUGAUCUUUGUGCCAUCCUCUCAUCUUUUACUUAUUCACUUUUUACCGUGCUUCUUAAAAAGUUUGCUGGAGAGGGUGAAAGGGUAGAUGUGCAGAAGUUAUUCGGCUGCAUUGGAUUAUUCACACUAGUUGUUCUUUGGUGUCUCGUGUUGCCUUUGACUGCUAUGGGCAUUGAACCCAAGUUCAGAUUCCCAACAUCUGCUAAAGUGGAAGAAGUUAUUAUUGUCAAUGCUUUUGUUGGAAGCGUUCUCUCUGAUUAUUUAUGGGCAUUAGGUGUAGUUUGGACCUCACCGCUAGUAGCAGCACUAGGUUCUUCGCUUACCAUACCUCUUGCCAUGAUGGAGGAUGUGUUGAUCCAUGGACAGAGUUAUUCAGUCAUUUAUAUUAUCGGUUCAGCUCAGGUACUCAUUGGAUUUAUAGUAGCUAACCUUUCAGAUUGGUUCUCACACAAGUGGCAUCAUGGACCUUGAGGCCAAGAAAAAUUUUGCAUCUCUUAUUCUAUCCUUGGAACAUUCUUUCUU